AUGCCAGAAAACUUCAAGGAGCGCUUCCCAUCAACAAGGGUCAUUCUAGAUGCAACUGAGACUCUGAUUUGUAAGCCAGGCAAUGUAGAUUACCAGAGGGCCACUUUCUCAAGGUACAAGAACAGGAACACUCUGAAAACUAUGAUUGGUUGUUCUCCUCGAGGUCUUGUUACCUAUGUCAGUGACAGUUAUGGUGGAUCAACAAGUGACAGGCAGAUUAUUGAGAGGUCAGAGUUGUGCAUGCCAGGUGUGUUUUGUGCAAGAGACAGUAUUAUGGCGGACAGAGGCAUUAUGGUGCAGGACAUAUUUUCAUCUUCAGAUGUAAAAGUCAACACUCCAACAAUGCUCAAGGGUCGAAGUCAGCUUGAACCCCAAGAGGUAGUCCACGACCGCAGAGUAUCAUCCAAGAGAAUUCAUAUUGAGCGUGUUAUUGGACUUGGCAAAACUUACAAAAUUCUUAAGAGGGAGCUUCAUCCAUCAAAAGUUCCACUAGGCUCUAGAAUUGUUCGAAUUUGCUAUAUGUUGUCAAACUUUCGCCCAAGCAUUGUCAACCGACUUGCAUGA